AUGCUCAAGAUAUGGUCUAUGAAGCAGAAGCAGCAGCAAGAGGAGAAUGCUGCUGCAGGCCAGAAGAAGAAGAAGGUCACGGCAGCUCAGCUGCGCGUGCAGAAAGACCUCUCGGAGCUCUCACUAGGCUCAACGAUGAAGACCGAGUUCCCCAACCCUGACGAUAUCCUCAACUUUGUCCUCACCAUCGAGCCCGACGAGGGCAUGUACAAAGGCGGCCGCUUCAACUUCAACUUCGCCAUCAACCAGAACUUCCCCCACGACCCGCCGAAGGUCAAGUGCACCCAGAAGAUCUACCACCCCAACAUUGAUCUGGAGGGCAACGUCUGCCUGAAUAUUCUGCGCGAGGAUUGGAAACCGGUGCUCAACCUGAACGCUGUCAUUGUCGGCCUGCAGUUCCUCUUCCUCGAGCCCAACGCGUCAGACCCGUUGAACAAAGAAGCCGCCGAGGACCUCAAGUCGAACAGAGAAGGCUUCAAGCGCAACGUGCGCGCAUCGAUGACUGGUGGUCAGGUCAGGGGGCAGACCUUCGACCGCGUGUUGAUGAAGUGA